UCUGCUCGAGAACAAGUACAAGCAGCGAAACAAACGUAUGCCACUGCCAUUGAGACUCGCUCCAACACACAACGGGGCAUCAAUGAACUUUUGCAACGCAAACAUCUCUGGACUUCAGACGAUGUCACUAAAUUCACAGAACUCUAUCGUCUUGAACACCAACAUGCACAAGCAGAAACGGCUGCUCGAGAGAACUACCAGACAUGUGAAAAGCAAAUGGACCGAGAAUACAUGGAGCUUGCUCGAUCCAUCAUGGAGCGGUACCAUGAAGAGCAGUUGUGGAGUGACAAGAUUCGAAGUGUGAGUACCUAUGGUACCUGGGCUUUGAUGGUUGUCAACUUGGUCUUGUUUGUCAUGGUCCAGACUGUGUUUGAGCCUCAUAAACGUAAACGAUUGACAGAUCGUUUUGAAGAG